AAGUACAGAGCCUGUACUACGUAGAACGUGCAUGUUUUGUUUGCUUCUAACGCGGAUAGCUGAAGCUCGCACUGUUAGUGGGCAUCUUUGUUUAUUACAUUCUAACUAAUUAAACUAUGUUCAUCCUUAAAAUAUUCUGACAUAAGUGUUGUUAAGUAAUGUCUCUGAGAAUGUCGAAUACCUUUCAAACACAAAUAGCCUCCAUAAUGGAAGUUAUGGCCACAGCAGUCCUUACAGAAAUUAGUAAAGUUGUUGAUAGGUCGGCAACUUUGUGUUUCGAAAUGUCUCACUCCUGUGACAAUAAAGCGUCUAAAGUUAAAUUUCCGGCGGUGGGAAGCGAAACGAUGAUGACACAACUUGCCUCUGUCAUAGAGAUACUGGCUCAAGAGGCGGUGAAUAAAAUCUGUAAACUUGCCAUUGAAGAACUGGCGGUUUUACGGUUGGAAGUGUCUCGGAGUCGGAAUGAGAUCGGAACUCUCAAGAGGAAAUUGGAGCUGAUGGAGAAGGGGCUGAGGACUGUGGUGGGAGGUGCAGCAGGAGAGAGACCCUUAAAAACUCACUCUGUUGGAGUGCAGGGUGCCUGUGAAUUAAGAGCAACAGAAACCGAGGAGCCAGAUUCUGCUGUCAUCAGUGUGUGGGGUGAUGCAGUCCCUGCAGUUGUGGAAGAGGAAGUUGCUCCAUUGCAGUGUGUUGGUGUGAUAGCAGAGCCUUCGAACAUUGACGACAGGAUUGAGUCAAUAAUUAUCAAGGAGGAAGGGCCUGAAGAGGAUUUGCAGAGCAGUCCUCUGGAGGAGAAACUGGACACCAGUAAAGAUGGACCAACAGUUGUUACCAGUGUUGCUGCAGGGACACCUGCUGUUGCACAUCAGAACUGUGUGGAGGAAGUCAGCUUGCCUACUGAAGGUACUGAAGGACAGCCCGAGCCAGCAGGGCCAGAUAAGAAUGGGAAUCCGCUCGGCGGUAAGCAUUUCAACAAAGAAAACAACACAAAGAGCUGCAGAAGAGGUGCCAGGAAAGGAGAAAAACCUUUCAGUUGCAUGCACUGUAGGAAGAGCUUUGCUAAACUGCUGCAUCUCAGAGCACACCAGAUUGUUCACACUGUUGAGAGACCGUACAGCUGCACAGAGUGUGGGAAGGGCUUCACAGUGCAGCGCAGUCUGAAAAUGCACAUGCUCGUUCACACAGGGGAGAAACCAUACGGCUGUGCCGAGUGCGGUGCGAGCUUCCCUCAGAAAUGUUUGCUGAAAAAACACAAGCUGGUUCAUACGGGAGAGAAACCCUUUUGCUGUGACGUAUGUGGCAAGACUUUCAAUCGUGCGUACGGUCUGAAAAUGCACCAGAUAGUCCACACUGGCGAAAAGGCCUUCAGCUGCGAGGUUUGCGGGAAGAGUUUCACUAUUGCGAGCAACCUUCACAGGCAUCAGCGAAUUCACACAGGAGAGAAGCCAUUUUGCUGCACUGUGUGCGGGAAGAGUUUCAAUCAAGCCAACACUCUUAAGGCCCACAAGCUAAUUCACACCGGGGAGAAACCCUACGUCUGCGCCACGUGCGGGAAGAGCUUCAAUCAGAAAAGCAGAGUUAUAAAACACCAACAGGUGCACGCGGGAGUCAAGGCGCACGUGUGCGUCGUUUGCGGGAAGGGCUUCAGCGCCGCGGUUUCCCUCGCAUCGCACCAGCUGAGCCACGCCGGAGAGAGCCCCUGCAGGUGCGUCGUUUGUGGGGAGACGAUGACUUCGCUCAAGAAUCACCAGCAGUGCCUCGCUGCGCUGAACGCCUUCGUCUGUGUCAUUUGUGGGAAAAGCUUCAGUGCUUCGGGCUCUCUCAAAGUUCACGAGAAGACCCACUCGGGGGAGAAACGGUUCAGCUGCCCGUCGUGCGGGAAAACGUUCACUCAGCAGAGCAGCCUCAAAACGCACCAGAACAUUCACUCGGGAGAAAAGCCCUUCUGCUGUGGCACGUGCGGGAAGAGUUUCAGAAUUUUGGGCAACCUUCAUAGACACCAAAGAAUACACACCGGAGAGAAGCCGUACCGCUGCUUUCUGUGCGGGAAGAGUUUCAAUCAAGGGAACAGCCUUAAGGCCCAUGAACGAAUUCACACAGGAGAGAAACCGUACAUGUGCGAUAAAUGUGGAAAAAGCUUCGCUCAUCUGAGGAAUCUGAAAGGCCACAAGUGUGUGUUUAGUUGAAGAAGCUCCUGUCGUAUUAUCUGUAGUGUUGGAGUGUUUUCUAGUCCACAGUAAUAAUCCCAUCUAAAACCAGUAAAUUCACACAAGGCCAUUCCAGGUUGCAUAAGUUCUUGGACAGUUAUGUUGUGUUGUUGUAUGUAAGGUGACAUCAAUCAGUAAUCAUUUGAAAAGAGGUCUACUGAUCCCACACACAUUGAGUUUGAGUAUGAAUGGUGAAGCGUGUAUACUGGUAUAUACUAUGUAGGUACCAGGCAGGAAUUGAAGGGAACUUUGGCUCGAAUGUGCAUCACUGAUAAGUAAGUAAGGGUUCGAGAUUUCAAGGAACCUGGAAAAAAAUGAACCGCGAAUGGAAGGAAAUCAAUCUGUACUACAGUACGUAGCCCUCAGCUGGGUAGAGGGGUGUGGUCAGUUAACAUUUCAGAUUAAUUUUCUCGCCGUUAGCUGUCAGAUAUAUAACAGCAGCAAAAUGCACUGUAAGAAAUUUUCUUUGUAAAACAUUGACAAUACAUCCAAGAUCAUAUUAAAUAUGCUAAACAUUUUGCUUGCUCACAUGCGUAAGCAUGCCUGGCAAAUGUUGAAUGUCCCAAAUAUUAGUUAAAUCGAUAAUAAUAUAUAAAUAUCUGAAGUAUAUUAGUGAAGACCAAUUAAUUGGUUGUUUUUUCCUGCUAUACAAAACUUGGCAGUUUAUAGGAAACCAUUGAAAUGCUAUAGAGUGCCUGCUUCAUCAUCUGCAGCAGUUUCACCAUCCGGUUGUAAAGGUCACCUAUUGUAGAGUGCAGGCAUGUUCCUGUCUGGACUUCACUUGGUACGAAAUUUGAUUGCAGCUCCACCUGCCCAGGACAGGGAUAGAAUUCAAGUGCCACCAGAUUAAGGUUUCACCUCAGCUCCUGUAUCUGUGCCCUGAGUGCAGGCAUUCGAUUUCCGAGGCUAUGUGUUAAAGUGCAUUUUAAGGCAAAAAUGAAAUAUUGCCCUCCAUCUAUGUAUUGGACUCCUGUAGUCCUGAACUGACUGUAAUAUAACAAUUACAAUUCAUUUAUUUUUAUUAUGUGUAACAUUAAGAGAAUAAACACUUUAAUAUGUUUUGACUAUGCAACAUGUUUUAUGUGUUGUCUGAGCGUUAAAGAGAGAACUGCACUUGUAAUGCUUUUGCUUUGCUUUGCUUUAAGUGGUCAAAUAAACGUGUGUAGAAAAUG